AUGUCCAUCACAGCAGGACAACCUUUAGUUCAAGAAAAGAGCCAACAAAUAUCAUAUAACCGCAGUCACACUAACUCAGGUGAGCUUGAUGUCUUUGAUGCUGCAGCGUAUUUCUCUGGUGCCAAUUGCCGAACUAAUUAUUCAUAUUCCAAGAGCUCGGAUGAUAUGAAUGGUGAAAGUUUUACAGUACAGCAGAAAAUGAUGAGAUCGGGUAAGAGAAUGAGCCUUGAUAUUCCAAUGAUGAAUGACAAACUAAGCUCCAUUCCUUCACCGACUCGUUAUCAAAAGUCAAAAAAAUGUGAGAAAAAAUACAAGCAGCCAAAUUCUCCCGGUGGUAAACUUGCUAGCUUCUUGAAUUCACUACUCAACCAAGUUUCUUCUAAGAAGAAACUGUACCACACACAAUCCAUGAAGGUUAAUCAUGAUCACGAGAUUGAGAGGAGAAAGAGGAGAAGCAGCAUCAGCUACUUUCGAAACCUCAACACAGUAUCUUCUUCAACAUCUGAUUCUUCAGAUUCAAAGUCAUCGACAUUUUUUUCAUCAUCUUCAACCACUAAAUUCAAAACACCUCCUCAUGCACAUAGUCCCAUAGAAAACAGUUCUAAAGACAUUAAAAGUCAUUCUGAUCAUUGUUCUAAUAUUGAUAUUCAUGUGAAGCCUUCUUGUUCAUCAGAUAAAAAUAUCAAUGCCAGUGAGAAGACAAAAAAUUUCUGGUCGCAUGAUGAAAAAAAGUUCAAGUUCAAGGCACCAUCUAAUGAAUUCUCUUUGGAAAAAUGCAGCAAUUUUGUCAACGGGAUUUUGGGUGAUAAGACUGAUCACUCCGGGGAUUCCACAAAUUUCAUAAAUGAUGAGGAUGAUGGAGCAGAUAGUGAUUCAAGUUCGGAUCUUUUUGAAUUACAAAAUUUUGAUCUGGUUUCCUGCUUUUCAAGUAAUUCGCUAGCUUAUGAAGACAACUAG